UUCCAUUAUUUUAUCUAUAAACUUUCAUCACAUAAACUAACUUCUGAUUGAAAUUCCCACUUUACAAAAAUCAAAUACAUACCCACAAAGCUCAUCUCUUUUACUUUCUUGAAUUCUUUGAAACUUGUUUUUCAUUUCUUGAAUUCUUUGAAACUUGUUUUACUUUCAUGGAGGAUCGUAAGGAGAAAAAUGCACCAUGGCUAUCAGUACCACAAUUUGGAGAUUGGGAUCAAAAGGGUCCAUUGCCGGAUUAUUCGAUGGAUUUCUCAAAAAUCAGGGAAAUGAGGAAGCAGAACAAGAGGGAUGUGUCAAGAGCCAGUCUCGGCAAUGAAGACGACCUCAUUAACCCGACAGCCACCACCGCAAAAGCUACCCGUAAUGAUCAUGAUCACCACCACGAAAACGACCAUUACCAUCAGAGCCAUCACCAGCACCCUCCUAAUGCAAGGAGAAGCUUUUUCAGGUGCUUCAACUGCUGUGUUAAAGCCUAAUAAAAUCGAACGAAGCGGUUUGAUCGUGAGCUACCUCAUUUGUAAUCAUCCAAACAUCCAUUUACUCAUCUUCUUCUCUGCCUUCUAUUUCUUAACUAGUUUUUCUUCUGUUUCUCUCCCUUGUAUUAUACCUAGUUUGAUUGAAAUGAUUCUUCUCUCUAUUUUCAAUGAGCAUCAUACAGUUUUCAUCUAGCAUUGGGACUAGAUUAAA